UCGAAAAUGAUAUUAUGUCUGUUCGUCAAGUAAGUGCUUGCAAAUAAAAACAUUUUGUUUUCAAAAUGUAAAUAAAUUGACAAUUUCCGCUACUUAUACAUAAUAGAAAUACAAUAGAAAGGUCAUGUCACGGCUUAUUUACAUCCGAAAUAAUUAUGGUUCCAUCGUCCAUUCCAAAGUGCUUAGAUUUUGAGUUGCAUUACGUUUUUUUUUCGUUUUGUGUUGCGUAAAUUUUGCGUGCUAAAAAUGUUGGUUUUUGAUAUCUCCUGAUUUCACAGUUUUUUCUUGUGUGUUAUUAUCGAAACGUCAGACAUCAGCAAAAUUUGAUUUAAUUUUUUAUCGGAUACUAUAUAGUGCUGUAUGUGUGUUAUGUCUGGCAAUACGAUGAGCUCGAAUAUGUUUGUAAAACAUUAACCUGUUGCUUGGUAAUAAUAACUCACUGGCUAGCUGACACAGCGUUCCACAAUAUGAGUACGAAAACGGAGCCACUUGUUGCGGGCGGACGUGUAAAAUCGAUGAAAUCAAAAUUCGAAAGCCUAUCAUCAUUAGAUAUAUCCGGUACCCUACUGAACAAUGCCCAGUCAAAGCCGUUCCUUAAAUUCCAGCGGUCAGCAACGUCAUUAGAUUUAUUUACAUCAAACAAUAGGAAGUCCGUCGUGAACGAUAAACAAAUGCUCGUUACUGAUGGUAAAUCAAGCAAUAUACGAAGACAAAACAGUGACGUAUUCCAAUCGAAGUUGGAUAAUCGAUCGAACAAAAUAUCGUUUAACGAAAUAAAAGAAAAUGUGGAGCAGCUCGAUCGUUUGACGAGACAGACUAGCGAUCCUGCGAAGCGAAGCAGUAUUCGACGCAGUCCGGCAUUUCGUGUCGGUGAAAAGCCGAAAGUCGUCGCUGCGAAAGUGACAAAGACUGUACCUGAGGAGGAUGUACCGAAUACACCAAACACAUUUUUGAAGCGAUCCGUUGACGACGAUAAACAUAUACAGCCUGGUAUCACGGACACACUAAAAGCAGCCCUCCGACAACCGUUACCGAGUGGACCACCACCGAAGAAGCCACCUCGUGUAUUCGAAUCUCCCAAAGAAAAUAUUUCCACAAUUCAACUGUUCAAAGAAAAAUUACGCAUCGAACAGAAGUCGACGAACUGGCGAGAAAAAACUGAACUGAAAUCCAACGCAAAAGAGAAAUGCACAAAGAAUGAAUCGUUAGCAGCGUCAUCAAAUUUACUCAGUUGCAUACGUUGCACAACACCCAUCUAUGACACUAUUGUAACUCAUCCCAUCGACAAAAUGAACGAGCCCGAUCUGAAAUCGAAUCUCUCCGAGCAUAUCUACAUGGAACCGUUCAGUCAUUUAAAAGAUUUCGUAGCGAAGAAACAGCAAUGCUUUCAGGCACCGGAUAUCGUAGCAAGUUCAAUGCCACUGUUAACUACUUGUGAUAGGAAUUCGAAGCGUUCGAAUUCAGAUUGCUCAUGCCCGGAAGAUCACAAUGAAAAGGGUGACUUACAUUAUCUGUGCACUAACAUCGACGACAACAUUGCGUCAAGCGACUCAAUCACGACAGAGGAUCAACCGAGCUCAUUGACGAACACUUAUGACGAGAUAAACAUACUGGUUAAUGCAGCAUUUCGCAACAACACCAAAUCAAUGGAUAAUUCAUCGACAGCUAGUUCAACGCCAUCACCCACAACGUCGCACAAAUUGUCAGGAAAAGUAUCGCGUUCGCUCACAGAAAAACGGAAAACCUAUGUACGGCGAGUGUCGAAAAAGACUGAACCUAUUCCAUACGGAACGCUACAUCGUACCUUUAAGUCGCCAGUGCUGAAGACCUUUUCGUUUGACGAUAUAGGCGAUGACGAAUGCAAAAAGAGUGAAACGACCAGCGAUCGGAUUCAAAAGUACAACGAGCUGGUAGAGAGUAACAACGGUCCGGUGCAAGUACGGGUUGGCGACAGUUCGACGAAGGCAAAGACUGUCGCGGAAUCAUGUGUAGCAUUGACUAAUACGAAUAAGGAAAGAGGAUAUUUGUUCCAGAUGUGUUUGCUGGUGGGAUACAAUACGUGCACCAAUUCUGCGUACAUCAAAUCGAAAUUUCCGGACGACGACAACGUACCGCAGAACAUUGAACAGUUGAUUUUCCCGAACAGGAGUCUACUGCAGCAGGGAAAAGACAAUCAAAACUAUAUCCUGAUUUUGACGAAUGACGAGGGCUACCGAAUUUAUGGCUACUGUCGACGCGUGUUGCCAGAAAGUUGUGAGAUUUGUCUACCCCUGGCAUACUGUUUGAUCAGCCAAGUAAAAGCACCCGGUUUCUACUUCAAAAUUCUGAAAGAAAUUGAAUCCCGACACGGACAAACUGAUCAACAGACACAAUUUCUGUUGAAAAAUCUGCAGUACCUCUCCGUACCGGAGCCGGGAACAUUUAUACAUCUUAAAUUGCCGCUGUCUGUCCGACCAAAAACGAUAUUCAUGUCAAAUCAUAAAAUAUCACCGAAGCGAUUGAGCUUGGAAGUCAAUCCUAGAUGGUUGACCGAGUCGGCAACACAGGCCGCAUUCCAGGACAGUGAAUGUUUUUAUGGAGUGCAAAAAAACGGUAAGAGUUCGUCCGGUAUGAAGUCAUUGGUGCAGGAGUUCGAACAGAAGAAACAGGAGAAGGCGCCAUUCGAUUUCGGCCUGAUCAAUCGGAGUUUGUUGAGCGGACGAGAAUCCGGUGGUGGUAAAAUUGAUGAAAUUUUUAUUCGUCGGCCAAACGACUUGCGAUUGGAAAGUACGGAAAUAAGUGACCUGUACCGGAUUUUGGGCGCCGAAGCGCUUAUCGAUGUAUUCGGUUCGCUGUUGUUAGAGCGAAAAGUGAUUUUGUACGGCAAGAACAUCUCCAUAUUGUCUGCCUGCGUGCUGGGGCUGCAAACGAUUUUGUAUCCGUUCCAGUGGCAACACACACUGGUCACCCUGUUGCCACACAGUUUAAUCGAAGUGUGUCAGGCACCUUUGCCGCUACUGACUGGUGUAUUGGAUGAAAUUACUGUCGAUAUUGAGGAUGGAAUCAUCUUUGAUUUGGAUAGUCGACAAGUGUUGCAGAAGUGCGGCGACGAAACGACAAUAUUGCCAACAGCGCUCAGAGAAUCGCUGAAGGUAUCAUUGGAAUUGGUCGAUCUGUUGGACCAGGGCAAAAUGUUAUCUAGCGUUCUGAUUGCCGAAGCAUUUUUGAGAUUUUUUGUUGAACUGUUCGCUGGCUACAAGAACAAAACAUUUGAUAAAGAAGUGUUCGUUCAGUCGCAUGGUUGCAAAUCAGUUCGUCUGUUCCUCGAAUGGUUCGUCGAGACGGCAAUGUUCCGACAUUUUAUGAACACUAAAUAUCCGAUGGAUGAGUCGUAUGUUGGUGAUGAUUCCAGCCAUUAUGCGUUAUUUGAUGCACGAUUACUGGAGAAGAGCGAAAACAAAACGAACGUUGACGACAACAUCGAAAUAAUCAUGAAAAACAGUAAAAUUAUUAACAAAAAGACGAAAACGUUUAAGGAUCGAAUUAAGGAAUUCAUACACAGCAAUUGAAUGGUAUACAUUGAACAAAAACCUUUUUGUGUCAUAAACGUAACAAUUUACUCUCUCGCACUCGUUCUCUCUUUAUUUCCAUAUUACUAUUUAAAAUCGAACCUAUCUAUACUUACAAUCAAGAUAGUUUAGUAAUUAUUAUAAAUACAUACUCCAAUAUGAUUUUAUUUGUAGCGAUUAAGUAACUAAGCGAAAUGCCUUCCAUUGUUACAAUUUUUUUUUAGAUUAUAUCCUUCGAUCUAGUUGUUAUUUUUGGUUAUUUUAUUUCUAAGUUCAUUUGAAACAUUGACCAUUUUGUCCGUGACAUUUUUAGCAUUCAAAAUUUCUAUAUUAUAAAAUCUAUAAUCAAAAAAGUACAUUGCCACACAAUAUAUAUAAAACUUACAAACCGGUUGAUAAAUUUGUGAAAUAAUGGCAGGGUAAAUUAAAAUUUAUUUAUUUUCAGUUAAUCCAAUGAUCGAUUAAAAUGAUCGAUUAUGACGAUUUGUAGCGUAUCGUGAUUUGAAAACGAGUAAAGAACUAAAUAACAAGCUUUCGAUUGAUUUGCAUAACAUUCACAAUGUUUUUUCGGUGUAUUCAGGCCUCACGCACCUCCUAACAUUCCUAAAAUUUCGGAAAUCCUCCCAAACACUCCUAAAACUCCUAAAAUGAGACUUCGAAAAUCUUAAUUAACUUCCAUAAAUCAGGAUCAAGAUCAAUUCAAUGAAUGGAUGAGUAAAAUAACUUAA